AUGACUGACACUCCCCGACUACGUUCGGCGUUUCCUCGAACCCCGCGCUCCAAUCCGCGGACCUCACGCUCGUCCAACGGCUAUGACCAGAACGUCACGCCCGUCCCUUUUGGUCGGGGAAGCAAGAUCAACUUCACCACUGCCAGCGCCGUUGUGAAGUCUGCCGGUGCCGCUCAGCCUCAAGAUCCGCCGUUGAUACCGUUCCACAUCAUCGAUGCGCCUGCGCAGAGGCUCUAUGUCGUGGCGUUUUAUGUCGCUUUGAAUGCCUGGCGGUUAUAUGAAUAUUGGGUUUCAACAGACGAAGGGGAUGCUACAUGGCUCUUUUUAAAAUGGCUGCUUAUAGAUGCUGUGUAUUUGUUUGGGCUUCCUGUUCUGCGAAUCCCAUGGCUGGAGUGGGCGUUUUCGACAACCUUGGCCAUCUUCCUGGUCCAUGUCGUGAUUAACGUCUUUUUGAUGUUUAGGAUACCGCUACCGAUGGAAGCAUGGAUGGUUGCUCUGUUCAAGAUGGCCUAUGACAGGGAGCUGUCAAUUUCGGGUCAGAGAGUCAAGCCUUAUGAUAUUCUCCACAACUCGUCUCUCAUUUUAGGCAAACAUAUCGUCCAUAUCUUGCCGGAGGGUUCUGCCGUUCUGAACCCGGAUAAGGUCCCGCUCUGCCUGGGCCAUACGCACACGUCCGUGAACCUCCCUAUCCGCGUCAACCAGACCAACCCCAUUCUCAUAGAACUGCUGCGGUUCGACCUCGAAACUGGCGUUAAUGAAACGAUCGUCAUCCCUGAAAAGCAGGCGAAGGUUCUGAGACGGCAAGCAGCUCAGGCCAAUCCUCGACCUGACUCGCAAAACUGGUUGGAUCUACUCUUUCCUGUGCGCAAGACAGGUAUUUAUCAGAUAAAAAGGGUGGUGGAUGAAUCCAAGCUUGCUGUCCAGCAUCGUUCGAUGGAUACUCUGGUUGUUGCCUGCCCGAAAGCAACUGUCCAGACCCAGGGAACUCACAAAUGUAGGGGUGAACUAUCGGAUUUGACUAUGUCACUGCAUGGGACGCCGCCGUUCAAGAUAAAAUAUAGUCGUACAGUCAACGACGUCGACCAGGGAAUUUCCUUCCAAAGCAUUCAGCCGGAAAGCCAUCGAUUACCGGAAUCUGAUGAGGAGCCGAUUAACCCAACACUCGCAAAGUUUAACUGGGCACGCCAACAGAAAGUAGAAGUCCCGUUGAACGAAUCACUGAAUGCGUUUGGCGAGUGGGUUUAUGCCAUUGAGGAGGUACAUGAUGGCUGCGGCAAUAUCGUCAAUUAUACCCAACAUCCAGACAUCGAUGAGCGUCUUUGGUCACAACACCCACCACAAUCUCAGCAGUUUUUCGUCCAUGAACUGCCUCGCGUCUCGCUGACCGGCUGUGAUACCCAAACAUACCUCCAGAUUGCAAAGGGGGAUUCUAUCGACCUCCCUGUUCAUUUCCACGACACUGGUCAUGGCCAGAACAUGGAUUUCCCGUUCACACUUAGCUAUUCCUUUGCCGAAUCGGGGGACGACAACGAUAUAAAGAUGCCUACAUCCGUCCAUGAAUUUGAAUUUAAAAACGCCAACUCUAGACCGAGGAUUUCAGCGUCUGGGUGGUAUAGUAUCACCGGUGUCUCUAGCCCGUUCUGUCGGGGUGAGGUCUUCGAGCCUUCAUCCUGCUACCUCCAUAACCCUGCCGAGCCGCAAUUGGCUAUUCGCCAUGAAAAGGUAUAUGAUACCUGCGCCAACAACUCGGUCGGCCUAUUGGUUUAUCUCGACUUGAUCGGAACACCGCCGUUUAAAGUCCGAUAUUCAAUUGAGCAAGCUAAGGGAGUGCAAACCAGGGUACAGACGAUUAAUGGCCUGCACGGACAACUUGACUUGAAGCCCGCUGAGGAAGGCCAUUACAGAUACAAGUUUUUGGACAUAUCCGAUCGUAUAUAUGAGGCCAGGUCAUUGAAGGAUAGCGUGCCCUCCCUGGAACAGGAUGUGAAACCUCCCGCUUCAGCACACUUCGUCGGCCCACUUACAAGUCGCAAAGCAUGUUUCGGCGAACCAGUCUCAAUGGACGUAAUGUUUGUAGGCGAACCGCCAUGGGUCCUGAAUUACGAAGUCGUUCAUAACGGGAAGAGGAAGAAACAUGAACUUAAGAGUGAUACCGAUGUCGCAUCUCUCUCCACGGCGGACCUUGUUAAUGGCGGUGUUUAUACUGUCGGCCUCACGAGCGUUAAGGAUAGGUCGAAUUGCAAGAGAGCCUUGAAGGAGGAGAUUCGAAUAGAAGCCAGACCGAAGAGGCCACGCGUUGCAUUUGGACAGUUAGACCAGAAGAGGAGUGUUCUCGCUUUAGAGGGUAAAGCGGUAGACCUGCCUUUGAGGCUAGAGGGCGAGGCUCCCUGGAAAGUGAAGUACCGAAACAAACUUGAUCCCUCGUCGACACCCGUUGAGAAAACUUUUUGGAAUGCGAACAGUGUACUUCGGGUAUCAGACCAAGGACAGUAUGAUAUCAUUGGCAUAUCAGAUGCAACUUGCCCUGGAUCAGUUGAUGAAAAAGCCCAUAUCUUUGACGUUUCUUGGAUUUCUCGACCGAGGAUCACUGAAGUCGACGCAGUUCCGUUGGGCAAGCAAACCACCUUCACAAAGGAUGAAGUAUGCGAGGGUGAUGAGAGUACUCUGGAGCUGAAAUUCGAAGGCAACCGUCCAUAUACCAUUCGCUACGAGGAGAGUUACAAGGCUGGAAAUUCUGCUCCAUCGGCGAGACUAAGGAGUCUAACCGCCGCAUUGAACUCUGCCUCCGUCCAGAUGCGAACUUCCGUGGCCGGAAAUUACACGUAUAGGUUCUUGGAGAUUGGUGAUAAUCUUUAUGGUCUUGAGAAGAAAGCAAAGGACCCGAUCGUCAUUACCCAAAGGGUGAAUCCGCGCCCAUCAGCACGCUUUGAGUCUCCUAGUAAGGUCUACGGGUUCUGCAAGGAGGAAGAACAGGAGGAUGAGACGAUUCCUAUUGUGUUGGAGGGAGUACCUCCAUUCACCCUUGAGCUAGCCGUUAAGCACCACUCGAGCGCCAAACCGGAACUUCUAUCUAUUCCCAACAUUAACUCCCACCGGUACGCACUUCCUGUUCCACGUCGAUACCUUGACCUCGGACAACAUGUGAUAAGCAUACGCAAAGUUCGAGAUUCUCGCGGUUGCCAGAGAGCAACUGAGUUUGAUGGAUCAUCGGUCCGGGUCUCAAUCUCUGAUGUACCAACCAUCCUUCCUCUUGAAUCGCGCGAGGAUUACUGUGUUGGUGAGAGAAUUUCCUUUUCUCUUUCGGGCCAUGCACCGUUCGAAAUUUACUACACCUUCGACGGUGUUGCGAGAAAGGCUAAAAGCCAGUCGACUACUUUCCGUCGUAUUGCGGAAAUGCCUGGUGAAUUCAAGAUUACGUCGGUCAGCGAUGGAGCCAGUGGAAGGUGCAGAGUGCACAAAAAUAUUACCAAGGUGAUCCAUCAAAUGCCUAGUGUGAAGAUAAGCCGUGGAGGUGUGUCUAUCGUCGACAUACCCGAAGGUGGUGAAGCAGAGAUCAUGUUUGAAUUCUGGGGUACUCCUCCCUUUGAGUUCACAUAUACCCGCAGCACGAAUGAUGGAAAGGGCAAGAAGCGUGUGAUCCUUGAUACGAAGAAUGAUAUUUCUCACGAGCACACGAAGACAGUCAAAGCAUCGGAUGAGGGAACAUAUGAAGUGGUAGCCAUAAAGGACCGCUACUGUUCGUUCUCAACACAGAAUACUGAUAAAGGAGGCCGCCGUGGAUUUUUUUAA